AUGGCGACCAUACUUGAUCUUCCCAAUGAGGUGCUUGAAUUGAUCUUCGAAUAUCUUGUGACGAUCGAAUUGGGAUGCUUGAAAGAUCGCGACGAUCGGAUAAAAUGCGAAAUAUCGACGGCAAGGACUAUGAGGGUGGUUUGCCGCAUCUGGGCAGAUUGGUUCUACGUCCGUCAUUUAUACAAAGAAUUGCGAUUCGAGAGUGAGGAUGCUCACCGACAAAAUGAGCUCAUUGAUCAUCUCGCCACUCGUUUAUCAUCUUCCGUUCGACCGAAUUGCCAAGUCUUGCAUCUUCAUCACCUUGGAGAUCCUUCGGCAUUUUAUCAACCUGGAAGCAGAAGAUCAACUACGGAUGAAAAAGAAGGACGAUCGAGCAGCGCAUUUGACAUUGUCGGAUGGCUGGCCGAUUUUUUCUCGGAUUCGCUUACCGAAAUCGAGCUAAGGUUCAAGGAAUUUGUCUCGCUCCCCGUCGAAACCAUUGAAGCUAUAGGACGAAUCAGAAAUCUACGCGUGCUUCGAUUGGGUCUUCAUGAUCCCAAAGAGCCAACCUUGAGGAAAGAUUCAGUGCCGGAAACUCGGCCGGACUCACAGUGCCUGCGCUCGUUGAUUGUUGCGGCCCAGAAACUCAAGACACUCGAUCUGGCGCGCCUUGAUCCUGUUGUUCUGACAAGCACUAUUGGUGAUGAACUUGCUAACCACCAACUCCCAGCGAUCACUCAGUUGAUCAUUACCGAACCUUGGGAAGGCUCCUGUGCUGGAUUGGUGAGCCUCGCUACUGCGCUCAAGUCUAGCAUCAAAGUGCUCAUGGUCUCAGGGAUGUCUCGAGAUAGCGGACAAAGGAUUAAGCCGUUAUUUGAAGCACUCAAGGACACGAUUGAAGUAUUGUCACAGCAGGUGAUCCAACUCCCCCCACAUACUCCGCAGCUGUCUGCCGUGCCGGAUGCUCUCGAGUCUCAUCCCAUCGGCUGCUCCUCAGCAAACGGUCGAAGAAGUUCAUCCGGAAUGGCAACCAUCCUCGAUCUUCCCAAUGAGGUGCUCGACAUGAUCUUUGAAUAUCUCGUCACGUUCAAAUUAGGAUCCUUGGCACAUCGUUACACCCGGAUGCUAUGGGAAAGAUUGACGGCAAGCACUUUGAGGCUGGUUUGCCGCAGAUGGGCAGAAUGGUUCUACAUCCAUCACCUGUACAAAGCAUGGCGAUUUGUUAGAGAGGAGGAUUCUAACCGACAAAACGAGUUUGUUAACCACCUUAGCAAACUUUCAUCAUCCUCCCUCCGACCGAAAUGUCAAGUCUUGCAUCUUCAUCACCUUAGAAAUCCCAUACCCUAUUAUCAACUUCGGAGCAGAAGGUCAACUACAGAUAAGAAAGAAGGACGAUCGAGGAGCGCUUGUGAAAUUCUGGAAUGUUUGGCCGAUUUGUUCUCGGAUUCGCUUACCGAAAUCGAGCUAAGGUUCAAGGAAUUUGUCUCGCUCCCCGUUCAAACCCUUGAAGCUAUCGGACGAAUCAAAAAUCUACGCAUUCUUCGAUUGGGUCUUCAUAGAUCUAGAAAAGCUAUAGGGGCAAAAAAUCGGCCGGACUCACAUUGUCUGCGAUCGUUGAUUGUUGCGGCCCAGAACCUCAAGACACUCGAUCUGGUGCACCUUAAUCCUGUUGUUCUAACAAGCACUGUUGGUAAUGCACUUGCUAACCACCAACUCCCAGCGAUCACUCAAUUGGACAUUGCCGACCCUUGGGAAGGCUCCUGUGUGGGAUUCGCGAGCCUCGCUACUGCGUUGAAGUCUAGCAUCAAGAUGCUCAGUGUCUCUGGGUUUUCUCCGGAUAACGCACAAAAGAUUAAGCCGUUAUUUGAAGUGCUUAAGGAUACAAUCGAAGGUAUCUCAGUCGAGACCAGCUCGACACUUGGCCAAGUUCUCAGCCUGAAGUUUCCAAAACUGCGUGUCCUUGAAAUUCAAGAUUGGGAUCGACCUCUCUGCGAUCUUUGGACUGAAAACAUCCUCCCAUACGGCCCAAUCGAGGUCUUUGCAACCGGCAUUAAACCAGCCCAUUAUCAAUUUCCUCUAGAAUCCGAUCUGUUCACAUACAUGCCCAAGCUAAGACGGCUAGUCUUUCCUCUUUGUGCUUGUUGCAACAAGCAAUCAAUCCCAGAUAAUUAUCUGGCGGCUUGUAAGGCCCACGGGAUCGAAUGCUUAAAAUUUGGUCCUGGCUUGAGGAUAUCUGAGAUGAUGGAACUAUGA